GCGACGCUACCAGAGCAGGACUCCCCCUUCGAUGCGCUGUCGAAGGCCAUCGAGGAUAAGAACGUGGAGAUGGAGAUGAUCGAACAGGAAACGAAGAGCCUCAUCAAGCUGAAGUGCGACAUCGAGGCGGAGGUUGACAAGGCCAAGAAGGACCUCGCGGAGGCGCAGGAGGAAAAACGGCAGGCGUUGGCCGACAUUCCCAUGGCGCAGCGCGAGGCCAUCAGGUCGAGGGUCGCAGCGAAGGAGAAGUUGGCCAAGGAGACUCAGAACCUGAUCGAUACGAAGGCGCAGCUGGAGAAGGAUAUCGAGGACCACCGUGCAAAGCUAGCCGAGGAGGAGGCAGAGACCGACGCUGCUUGGAACACGAUCGAGAAUUCCAGGCAGACGACGCUGACGUGGAUCCAGGAGCAAGAGACAGCUGUCCAAAACUUAGAGGAGCGCAAAGCCAAGCUUGAUGACGAGUGCGACGACCUGGACGCUGAGAAAAAGCAGCUCGAGCAGGAGAAAGACGACCUUAUGAAGCAGAUUGACGAGAAGCGAAACCCAACCCUGGGGAACCCACCUCAAGAGAAACUCGAGCUGGAGCAGGAGAACAGCAAGUUGGCGACUGAUAUUGCCGAGAAGAAAGAGACAUUGAAGAAACUCCAGGAAGACAUCAACCGCGCGGAGAUCAUGCUGGAGGAGCUCGAGGGGAAGCGCAAAGUGGCUCAGGAGGCGGUCGACGAGGUUUUGGCGAGCGCCCCCUUCAGCGGCAGGACCCCAGCAGACCUUGCUUUCAAUGGCGGCAGAGGCGACACCCAGUCGUUGAUGGGUGCUACGAGCGACGGCGGCAGCGUGCAGGGCAAGGCUGCUCCGCUGUCGGCGCUGGAGCAGGCGCGCGCGAUGUUGAACAUGCAGAGCGGGAGCAUGAGGCAGAAGUUGACCGAGACUGGUGCUUCGAACGGUUCCGCCAGCUUCCCUCGCACUUCGAGCUCGUCGGGGGCGAGCGCGGUGCCAGGCGCGCCCAGUCCAGCGCAGCGCGACUCGCUUGCCGACCAGACGCCCGACAAGGUCAGCGAGGUUAUGCAGAACCUGGCGCACAUCACCGACGGCAUCGACAAGAGCACGCUGGUGAAGCCAGCAGCAGAGGAGAAAGGCGUCGUGGAGUGGGCCAGUGCGACACCGCGCCAUGAGCGCGGGGACAUGGAGCUCAAAGCUUACCAGGACAGCAAUUUCAAGAACCCGUUCGAGAUGCGGUCGGCGCUCGGCAACCGCCUGUCGCGCCAGCUCCAGAACCCAACGACGGACAGUCAGAAGGAGUUUAAGAAGCGGUGGGACUUGGCGACCAACAAGGACGCUUUGAAAACGGAGUGGGCUGAGAAACAAAUCCAAGGGUUGAUCGAAGAGAAGAAGGUGACCACCAGGGAGACGGAGGAUGAGCUCACCAGCCGAGGAAAGCCCGUCACCUUUCUUCGGAUGUUGUACGAGGUAGGCGGCCCAGCGGGGCAGACGGACCCCGAGACGAUCGCUGGGUGUUCGCUUGCAUGUCAGCAAUGCCUGGAGAUGGGCUGGCCGUGCGUUCAGCUCGACGACAAGACGAACAUCGUGAAGUACAUGCACUUCGAGAACGAGUACAAGGAGGCUUUCAGGACGCGGUAUUCCUUAAUCAAGGAGCAGAGCGACAGGGCGCCCCCGACGGCGCCCAGCGUUGGCGGCGGCGGCGGAGACCUUCCGCGCCCAGAUCCUCCGAAGCCCAGGCCGACGCCGCAACCGAAGCCUGAGAGCAGUCAAGCACUACAGACGGCAUCCAAGCACGUCAAGGAAGUGAAGAUGGUCCUCUCGUCCGCUCAGGCGAUCUUGACGACCAUCGACAAUGAGACGGAUUGGGCCUGGGCUAAAACGCCAGACGUGAGAGGUUCCAUCAGUGCGUUGCUGGAUAGUCUCAGCGCUGGCUUGAACAACAACAAGCUGGGCACCAUGCUGAUGCGAGGCAUGGACAACGCGAAGGUUUCCAAGUUGUUCGACUCCGCGGACAUGAUCACCCUCUCUGCGAACCUGCUGUCGACCACCAAGGACGCCUUCGAGGGGCGG